AUGGAUGAGACGGGCUGUAGUAGAGUUCCAAAAACACACGGAAAAAUAAUUGCUGAGAAAGACAAGAAGCAAGUUGGGAUUUUGACGUCAGCUGAACGUGGUAAAAAGGUCACUGUGGAACUUUGCGUCUCAGCAUCAGGCGAACUUUUACCUCCGUUGUUCAUUUUUCCUCGCAAACGAAUGAAAUCUAGCUUAUUGAGCAAUGCAUUACCAGGAAGUUGGGGACUUUGUCAUCCUUCUGAUUGGAUACAAAAUGAAAUUUUUUUUGAAUGGAUUAAGUGGUUUGUUAAUCAAGUCAAACCAACUGCUGAAGAUCCAGUUCUCUUGAUAUUAGAUGGGCAUACAACGUAUACCAAUAAUUUGGAGAUGAUAGAUUAUGCUCGUAAUCAUCAUAUUAUAAUGCUGUGUUUGUCUCUUGAUAUGAAACCAGUAAUACUAUUACAUAUACAUUCAAAAAUUUUAUUAAAAACUCAUUUCGAUAUGACUACGCUAUCUUAA